AUGUCAUGAUUCGAGUUCACUACGUCUUUUUACACUUGGCAACACUGCUCAGUCCCGCCGUCUAUGGCUAAAUGUAAGAGUGAGCAGUGAUGCCAAACCAGUAUAAAAGCAAGUGAGAGCCAUUAGCUCGGUUCAGUCGCUCUCCGUCAGUCGACGAGAAUGGUCGAUGUUACAUUAGCAUAGAUUAUUUAUACCUACUUGUGGAUUGUUAUUGUGAUCUUAAGUGAUUUGUAAAGUGAAUCUGUGAAGAGGAAUAAAGUGAUUUGUGCUGUACUUGGAGUUUUCUUAUUACUUCAGAAGCGGGAUAAAAUCCAAGCUAUGCCUCUCGAGAAGGAUGACGGCGCUACACCGCCCUCGACGCCACCUAUGAAAAGAAAAAGGAAGAGGAGGAGGAGAAGAAGCCCCUCAACAUCUUCAUCAUCGUCUUCUAGUGAAGAGAGAGCGCCCAGGAAAGUGCGUAAAUAUUCGAGCAGGCUAACUACAGAGGAUGUUCUAAAGCUCUUGGCUGACUUCAAGGGUGAAUCAAGUAAGAGUUCAUCUUUUAGUAACAACUUGAACAACGUGGUACCAGAGUUUGAUCCUUCCAAUAGAGCUCAAACCAUCGAAGGCUGGCUAAAGAAGGUGAAUGAAUGCGCCACCAUUUAUGCAUGGGACGAAAAGCAAAUUGUACAUUUCUCUUUACAAAAAUUAACCGGAUUGGCCAAGAGAUGGUUUGAAACUCUACCAUCAGUGGUUUAUUCAUGGAGUGAAUGGCAGAUCAAACUUCAGAAGGCAUUUCCUAGUGAGGAGAACUAUGGGCGUCUUCUUGAAGAAAUGCUUAGCCGAACUUCACGAAAUGAUGAAAGCCUUAGGGAGUACUAUUAUGAUAAACUUAGCUUAUUAAACAGGUGUGAAAUAAGUGGCAAGAAAGCAGUCGAUUGUAUUGUACAUGGUUUAAGUGAAGGUUCAAUUAAAAGUGGGGCGCAAACUCUAGAUUGUAGGGAACCCGAAGGAUUAUUAAAUUUCCUUUGCUCCCAACGUUCACAGUCACUGAAUCAAAAUGAAAACAGAAACUAUAGUAGAGGUAAUCAAAGAACCAUCAACCGAAAUAGAAACGAUGCCAACCAAUCGAAUAGGAAUAAUAACGUUAAUUGCUUUAACUGUCGUUCAAAAGGACACCCUUAUUAUAAAUGUCCGAAGCCACUAAUUAAAUGCAAACGUUGCUAUAGAAUCGGGCAUGACAGUGAUGACUGUAAGCUUACACCGCUGCAGCGAUCACAAGCUCAUGAAGAUACCACAUCUGAGAGAAAGACUUUAAAGAUUGACGUGUCCAAUAAGGCUAACGACAAAUUUUUUAAGGUUAUCCCAGUAAAUAACAAAACUUUUGAGGCAUACAUUGAUUUUGGUAGCGAGUGUAGUCUCAUUCGUCAAACUGAUGCAAACGCCUUGCAAUUGACCAAGAAUUACGACGGGUUACCUGUAGUAAGGGGUUUUGGCAAUUCAUCUAUUCAUCCUUUGUAUAAAUCGCAUGUAACGAUUAAAAUUGACGAAGUUGAUGCAUCUAUUGAGAUCCUUGUAAUUUCUGAUGAAAUAAUGCCAACAUCUAUUAUUGUCGGACAGAACUUUACUGAACUUCCGUUCAUUACGGUUUUAAAGAACAGUGAUAGGUUAACCUUUUACAAGAGUCCAUCUUGCAAUCCGUUCACUUCCGAAACUGAUGAAGCUCCACUUAAGCUAUACAUUGCUGAGCCUACUGAAGUCACGGAAACAAGCAUCGUAACUGUACAGGCUGGUGAUUCCACCUACACUGGUGAUGUUUACAUUGAGGGAUACUGUUCUGUUGUGUCCGGACGAGAGUUCGGUUUAUUUCAAGGUGCUUACCACCUUGCAAAUGGCAAGGGUAAUUUGAUAAUUACCAACUUGGCGUCCGGUGCUGUGAAAUUUGAUAUAGGCACUUUGAUAGCAAGAGCCGUACCUUUCUUAGAAAGAGAUUCAUGCCAAAUGAAUAGGAUCGUUACCAAUGCGGCUGAUUUGGAACCUUUGAAGCGAGAGGAUGUGAAAAUAGGUGAAGGUUUAGAAACAGAGAUAGUAGAUAGGUUAUACUCUCUUUUGCAAGAUUAUCGGGACUGUUUUGCCACUAAUCUAAACGAAAUUGGCUGUGUGAAAGAUGUGGAGAUGCACAUCGAACUUUUGGAUAAUAGACCGGUGCGUGGACAUAAAAUUGGCGACCGUUUCAAGAGAACCGACCAGAAGGAAGAUUUGAGCAUCCCACCGGAAGCUCCACCGCCACGUGCCGAGGCCAGGUCACCUGGGUUCGAAGAGGACCACCACCGCUACGACCUGAGCUACGCGAACUGGGUCUACCGCAGCGACACCGCAGCGCAGCAAGCAAUAAAGCAACUCCAGACCGUCGUCCAGCCGGAGUCAGAAGCGACCAAACUACCACGUGUCACGUCGAGCCAAGCAGGCCUCCAGGCACUCAUCAUCGUGCCUCAAGCCAAGCCCCGCCCGUGGAGAAGAACGCGCCGCACGCCGUCGCCGUCGCCCGGAUGCUCGUCUAGCGGCCGGCACACAACUGGCAAAAUAACAAACUGGUUCCCCCGCCGCGCCCGCCCCGCCUCGCUGUAG